AUGACAGAGGUCGUCGUAUGUUACUAUGGUACAUGGGCAACGUAUAGAACCGGUGACGGUAAAUUUGAUGUUGGUCACAUCAAUACCGAUCUUUGCACACACAUUAUUUAUACGUUUGCUGGGAUCAAUAACCAAGGGAUUGUUGUUGCUUUGGACCCCGAAUUAGACUUACCUGACUCCGGAAAAGAUAACUACAGAAAGUUUAACGCUCUCAAGCAGUACAAGCCUAGCCUAAAAACCUUAUUAGCUAUCGGAGGGUAUAAUCAGGGAUCAGCCAAGUACUCUGUGAUGGCAGCAAGUUCCUCUUUACGAAAGAAUUUCAUUACGAGUGCUACUGAAAUGGCACUAAAGUAUGGCUUCGAUGGCAUCGACAUAGACUGGGAAUAUCCUAAUGGUCGCGACACUGUCUACGGGAGAGCUGACGUCGACAACUUCACUCAACUUCUGAAGGAGAUGAGGGCAGAGUUCGACAAACACGGUCUGUUGUUGAGUGCGGCGGUAGCUGCCGUGGGAAAGGUCGCAGCUUUGUACUACGAUAUACCAGCUUUUACACAGUACGUAGAUUAUGUGAACUUAAUGACAUACGAUAUGAAUGGUUCGUGGGACUCGGUUACCGGACACAACGCUCCUCCUCAAGGUGACGAAAAUGUUGCUAAACAGAACGUUUUCACUGUUGAUCUGUCCCUGGAGUAUUGGCUUCAGCAAGGUUGUCCUGCACACAAGUUGGUACUGGGUAUACCGCUAUAUGGACGCACCUUCCUACUGACGAAUGCUAAUAACAGCGGAGUACGUGCGCGAGCAAGUGGUCCUGGAAUCGCAGGCCCAUGGACCGCUACUAAUGGAUUCAUCGGGUACAAUGAAUUUUGCCUGAGGCAGAAAACGGAGUCUUGGAACUUACGUUAUGACAGCUCAGCCAAAGUUCCUUAUGCCGUUCAAGGUCGCAACUGGGUUUCCUAUGACGAUCCAAACUCCAUAGCCUCUAAAAUUGAACACGCUUUAAAAUAUAACCUAGCUGGAGCUAUGAUAUGGAGUAUAGAAACUGAUGAUUUCCGUGGGAAAUGCGCAGGAGACUUUCCUUUGCUCAGAGCUAUCAACCAAGCUCUGGGAAAGUAUUCUGCGACAACAACACCAGCAGCCAGUUCUACAACAACCACGUCAACUACAACUACUACUACUACUCCUAAGCCGAAUUCACCUUCACCAUCGGUUUGCCAAAGAGAAGGAUAUAACCCUAACCUUGCUAACUGCAACAGUUUCUAUGUAUGUACCAGAGGUGGAUUCGGGGGGCUUGUACCACACCUUUUCACCUGCCCAGCGAACCUUCAUUGGGACCAACAAAAUUCAGUAUGCAACUACUCUCAACAAGCAAAUUGUGAAAACUAA